AUGCCUGCUGCCACGCAGCACCACCCCCACUCGCCGCGCGUGCGCAACGGCGAGCCCCAGCCCGCUCCACUCGCAGCCCACGAGCCCGCGUCCGCGAGGCGUGACUUGACCUCGUGGUGGAGGACCUUUAGCAAACGUGCAGUCAAGAAGGAGGAAGAACAGAAAGCAGAAGCUGCCGCUGCACAACAGGGCAUAUUUGGUGUUCCCCUAAUCCAAAGUAUACCCUACGCAAACGUUGCCAUAUCACUGUUCAACGAACACGGCGAAAGCUAUAUAUACGGCUAUGUACCGAUCGUGGUCGCCAAGUGCGGCGUCUUCCUGAAAGAAAAAGCAACGGACGUCGAGGGCAUCUUCCGCUUAGCCGGUUCAGAAAAGAGAAUCAAGGAACUAAAGACCGCGUUCGACACUCCACCACGGUAUGGCAAGGGCCUGGACUGGACAGGCUACACAGUACACGACGCCGCCAACAUCCUGCGUCGCUACUUUAACAAUCUACCAGAGCCUAUCAUUCCUCUGGGCAACUACGACAGCUUUCGACAACCUCUACGAAACCACCAAGCAGAAGCCGUGGGGCCCAUUGAGGGCCAGGCACCUUCCAUUGGAGGCUUCGAUCCUGACGCUGCGGUGCGCAACUACCAACAUGUCAUCAAGAGUCUGCCGUCCCUGAACCGCCAGCUGCUGUUGUAUAUCCUGGAUUUGCUCGCAGUCUUCGCUGCAAAGGCCGAUGUGAAUAAGAUGACAACGUCCAACCUGGCAGCCAUUUUCCAGCCUGGUAUACUAUCCCACCCACAGCACGACAUGUCCCCACAAGACUACAGGUUGAACCAGGAUGUACUCAUAUUCCUCAUUGAUAACCAAGACCAUUUCUUGAUUGGCAUGGAAGGCACAGCUGUCGAUGAAGGUACCGUCAAGCAAAUCGAGAGUGGACCCAACACACCACAAGCACGGACACCUACGACGCCUGGGCGAAACAAUCCGGGCCUGGACCGUUCAGCUUCCACGUCAUCGAGUGCCGGCGCAGAUAGCCUGCGCAAGUAUGGUGGUCUUCGUCGCAAUGUUUCCACCUCGUCCAAGCGUUCGCGCCAUUCUGGAGCUAUCCCAAGCCCCAUCACUCCAGGUUUCGUUACACCGCCCACGUCUGGUGUGCAUCGAAGCAACACUCUUCCGUCAAAACGUUCGCCAGCGCUUAACAGCCCUCGCUUCGCGAACAGGCCUUCUGGACCAUCAACACCAACAGCAGAGGAGGACAGGGCACCGCUCUCGCCUAAUACGAUCGAGUCUGCGGCGGCGAACAUCCCUCAGCUAGAAAAGUUUGUCAACGAGCCAGAAAGUGCGAAGGCGCCACGGCCCGUAUCGAGCCAGGUAGUGCCCGUCCAUGUGACAGCGGAGCCUCUUCAACCAGCGCCGGUGCCCGAGGAAGCUAUUCCAAAACGUGCAAUGACACUGCCUCCGGGCAAGAUCGAACUACCCAAGCCUGCUUUUGCGCAGUAUUCAGAACAGCCUAGGCCCAUGGCGGAUACGCCUGCACUCGAGUCGAUCCCUGGAGCGUUCCCUCCGUCAACGCCAGGCGUCGUCCCAGCAAGUGAGGCUAGCACACCGAUUGCCUCAGUUCCUGCCUCGAUUCCUGCCUCUGUACAGGCAGCGCACGUAUUGCACCCUCCACCUGUACCAGGCUCAGGCCGGCGCAGCCCUCGGAUGACCCCUACUCGUGAACACUCCGAGUUCCUCGAAGCACCGGUCGACUCGGGUUCAUCAUUUGAGCCAACCCCAGCUGUUCGCACAUUUACCCAGAUUCUCGCAAAGGUGUCUCCAUCUCCCUCUGACGUAAAGGAUGGCAAGGAUAAGGACGGUCGCAAGCCAAACAAGCUACAGAAGAAGCGGGGGCCUUCGGGCAAUAUCCCCAGUGCUCACAGUUCUACAACGUCGUUGACGGGUCAACUUGCAAGCCUGGAUGCGAUCAGUGUUGCUCCGGCGCCCGCAUCACCCUUGUUUCCGCCACAAGCUCCGUUCGCUCAGUCGCAGGCCAGCGGCUCCAAAGAGGCUCUUCAGUCCUCCAGUAUAGACACGUUCUCUUCACGCAACUCUGGAACCACGUUGAAGCCCAGCAUGUCUCCGUCAGCUUCUUUCAGAUCACACUCAACGGCGACCGAGUACUCGGAAGCCGAGCUGAACGACGAGUCUCCCGUUGUGAAAGAAGAGAGGGAGAAACGAAGCUUUUGGAAGGGUCAUAAGCGUGGCGAAAGUAGGGCAACGCCUACCGCCAGUCAGACCGAUCUGCAUGGCUCCGUGCCCGGUGGCGACAAGAGCAUGAGUUCCUUUGGUAGCAGCUCGGGCUGGGCAACAGGCGGACGCCGGAGUGGUCAGUUUGACUCACAGCAGACUUCUGAUACUUCGAUGGUGUUUGGCAGCCCGCCAGAUGGCGAUCGAUCUUCGGACAAGAAGGGUACAUUCGACUGGUUCCAUAAGAUGAGGCACGAUCACCGAGAGCGAUCUGACAAGAGGGAGAGGGCAAAGAGCCCCCCUGGCAGUAUGAGCAACAUGCCCCUGCCGCAGAACUUGAUGAAGCCUCGCGAGGGCCUUCCCAUGAGAGAUCGAUCUACAGAUGCACCAAGAUCCACGGGCGAAGCAUCCAACGACUUGACGCCUACAGGAACCAGUCCUGUUGUGCCCACUACCUCAUCCGCAUCCGAGAGAGGGCAGCAAACAUCACCGGUGGCACUCAAUACGCAGCCACAGCAGUCUGUGGGGGCGACGAUUGGACCUCCUCCUACCACUGCGAGUCCUGUUCCAGUAGCCAUACCUGAAGAGUCGGCUGCGCAAUCUGCGCCUGUGGCUCUGCCUCUGAAGCAUGAAGACUCGGCGGCCACGAUACAACCGGUCACUCAGCCUAACACGGAACCUUCAUCACCCAUAAUAGCGCAGCCUGUACCCUUUGCUCCCAUCAGUCAGGUACUGCGAUCGUCUCCCGAGGAACCCAAGACGCCCACGAGCACGACCACGGCACAUCCUGUACUUCACGCGCCAUCGCCAGCCAUCGCCGAGAUCCUGGCUGCGCCAGCGAGAAGCUUCAACAGGUCGCCAGAGCGGGCGACUCCUUCACCCUCGCGGGUGCCUCAUUCUCAUUCGACCCAUUGA